CAGGUAGUAAUUCAAACGGCAUCCAUUGACGAAGUGGUGUUUGUGUCCGAGAAGAGAGGAUACAACAACGUCGCAAAUAUCUUUAUUGAUAAGGCUCAACGUCUGGCCCUACAAAAGGAGAUCGACGAGGAGUCCCUGCCCACUGUCUCUGUCAGAUCACUGGUCCGAGCAGAUACUGACGUCAAGAGGAUGGUUACCAUGAAGAAGAAUGGCAUUGUGAAGAAAGAAGAACAUACUGUAGCGAACACCUCAAUUAACAAGGGGAGUGACAAAGGAGUGAAGAAGAAGAAAAAGAAAAUCAAAGCAGAGACUGCGGUAGAUAACGAAACGGAUUCCAGUGUGGAUGGAGAAAAUGCAGUGGAAGAAGAGCACAAGAAAGGAACUGAAAAUAAGUCACUGGGGUCAUUGAUGGACACCCGUAGUCUGAAUACAGCGGAGACAAACGACAGUGAUGGAGGAAGCUUCCAGAAGAAGCAGAACAACAAGAAGAAAGGCGAUGAAGAUAAUGGAAGACCCAAGAAAAAGAAGCACAGCUGUAAGGCAGAAGAGACGGAGGUCAGUAUUAUCGAGCCAGGGGAGAAGGGUGAGGCCAAGAUGGGCCGGAAAAAGAAGGGAAAGAUGACCGUGGCUCAGGCCGAGGUAGAGGAAAAAAAAGUCAAAAUUAAAAAGAACAUCCCUAUAGAUGCUGAACCUACAGGGGAUAUUCAGGAGGAAAUAGUUGGGGAGAUACCAAAAAAGAAAAAGAUGAGAUUGACCUCUGAGGAUGGAGAGGCAGAGAAAGAGGUGGUAACUAUAAAGAAGAAAAAGAAGAAAGUGGCCCAUGAGAACAAAGAGGCAGCGAAAACUGUGGGGUUGAUUAAGAAGGAAAAGAGAGUGGCCACUAAGAAUGGAGAGACAGAGAAGGAGGUGGUGAUUAUAAAGAAGAAGAAAAAGAAAGUGGCCCCUGAAAACACAGAGGCAGAGAAAAAGCUGGGGGUGACAAAGAAGGAAAAGAAGAGGGUGGCCAUUGAGAAUGGAGAGGCAGAAAAGGAGGUGGUGAUUAUCAAGAAGAAGAAGAAAAAGAAAGUGGCCCCUGAAAACAGAGAGACAGAGAAAAGGGUGGCGGUGAAGAAGGAAAAGAGAGUGGCCCCUGAGAACAGAGAGGAGGAGGAAGAAGUAGCAUUGAAAAAGAAGGAAAAAUUGGCAGUUGCCAAGGCUACGGUAACUGUAGAGAAAGACAACAAGAAGAGACCCAAGUCCAACUGCACAGACUUGGAGACGGGAGGAACAGAGGACGCGAGGGACAACAAGAAGGCAGGGAAGAAAGAAAAAAGGAAGGCUUCUGCACCAUCUGAGGAUGAGAUCGAGGAGGAAGAGAAGCCGAAAAACAAGAAAAAGAAAAAGGUUCACCCGAAAGGUGAGGAACAAGCUGAGGAUGGAGAGAGCGAGGGAACGAUGUCUGUGGCAAAUGGCAAGAAAGCUAAGAUAGGGUUAAAAAAGGGCUCUUCUGAGGUCAAGACAGAGAUGCAGCAGAGCAUCCCUCUGAGGAAAGGGAACGAGAGAGGAGAGAUUCGGGCCAAGGAGAAGCGGAAAAAGAUAAAGGUCGAGCACUGUGACCCUGAAGACCAGGUGACCAAACCACAGAAGGAUGUUGUCUUCCUGUCAGAGACCAAGGGAAACACAGACGAGAUCAACAUUGAUCAGGCGAGACGUCUGGCUCUGCAGAAAGAGAUCGAUGCAGAGUCCGACCCAGUCCAACCCAAAGUAGCAUCGGGUUUAGGCCAGUGGGGCACCGCCCAGUUCGACAGUUCCGACCAACAGAAUAAGUUCCUGCGGUUGAUGGGCGGCUUCAAGAAGGGCGGGCAGCCAAUGGGAGCGAGCGGUGGGAUGGCCGGGCGGGCCAACAUGGCCCUGACAAAAGACGGACAGCAGAGCUUGCAGCAGAAGCUUCUGGGAGAGUUUGAGCGUGCCCAGUCGCGCCGCAUGGACUUUACCGGCCGGGGCGCGGGACUUGGGUUUUCAGCACCGUCCAAUAAAAAGUUCUCAAUAGACAUCAAUGCAACUCGAUCGGUACGCUUCGAUGACUGAUGGAGGACUUGAAUAAGUUGGGGGCCUGUUACUGUACGGACGUCGCCAAUAAAGUCAUCUAUGUCUAUGAUAGUGGGUGGGACUUAACGUCAUACUUCCUGAUGAGCCCAGUCAACUGGCUGGGAGUUUUAACUCCAUUGGCUGAUCCAUCCAGGAAGGAUUCAGUCGGAAGCCAUACCCCAUGAUGACAUUAAAAUAGCUGGGGCUUUUAAUGUUAACGUGUGUCCACACAGACUCUAUAAUUGGAAUGUAGGGAUGCCUCCUAACUUACUCUGUGGCCAGAAAGGACCUGGGUCUGUAUGAUUGUGUGAGAAUAUACAUAUGUGUCUAUCAAAGGUCCUGUCUCCCUGUCAUGCAGAGAGAAGUGGCCUACACAUUUGCUGUCCUGGACACUAGCGUUCAUGAAUGGUCCCUAGGGACACCUGCUGCCUCACGACCAUCUGAAGGAUGGAAAAACGUUGUUCUCUGCUACUGCAAAUGAUGGCCAUAUUGUCGGUGCACUUCCUUGGACUGGUUGACUUCUGUCUGGCAGAUUAAGGUGUGCCACAGGGCAGUUGUCUCUGCCGUGUGCUGUUCUACUGUUUUUGUGUGUAAUGUGUAUUUCACAAGGUAUCCGUUUUGAUUUGUUCAGACCCCAGAGAGCCCUUCGGCUGCUGUUAAGAGGUUCCUAAUAAAAUGAACACACCCAAGUCUAUAAAUCAA